UGUUUCCAUAGCGACCAUUUAUAGCAUAGACCCGGGAGCGUCUUUGUAACGGUACCAGGUAACAAAAUGAUGUCUGUAAACGCCCUAGGACACAUGUAAUAUAUACGAAGGCAACAUGUCCUUCAGAGAUUUAAAAAACUUCACAGAAAUGAUGAGGGCCUUGGGCUACCCUCGCCUCAUAUCUAUGGAAAAUUUCGUAACACCAAACUUCACCCUAGUUGCAGAAAUCUUAAUAUGGCUUGUAAGGAGAUACGAGCCUCGCGUUGAUAUUCCCACUGAUGUGGACACAGAGUCAGACAGAAUAUUCUUCAUUAAGGCUGUGGUUCAAUUCAUGGCUACCAAGGCUCACAUCAAGCUAAACACCAAGCAUCUCUACCAGGCUGACGGCUAUGCAGUGAAAGAGAUGCUGAAGAUCACAUCGGUGYUGUACAACGCCAUGAAAACCAAGCAGAUGGCUCUGGAGGAUGCAGUGGAGGAAGAUGGCAACAAGUUCAAGUUUGAUCUUGGCUCUAGGAUCUCUGAGCUAAAAGCAGCUCGUCAGCUGGCAUCUGAAAUCACAUCCAGAGGAGCAUCUCUGUAUGAUUUACUGGGGAAAGAGGCAGAGCUCAGGGAAAUGAGAACUGCUGCCAUUGGUCGACCUCUUGAGAUUAAUGAGACAGAAAAGGCCCUGAGAGCUGCUAUUAAAGAAACUCUAGAAAUUGUCGAAAAGAUCAAAGAGAUGCUUAGUAAUGUCGUCUCAGACGAGACCAGUCUGGACGCCAAGAUAGAGAAGAAGAAACAGGAUCUGGAGAGGCAUCAGAAGAGGCUGCAGACUUUACAGAGUGUCAGGCCAGCAUUCAUGGAUGAAUAUGAAAAGAUAGAAGAAGAGCUGCAGAAGCAAUAUGAAGUCUUUGUGGAGAAAUUCAGAAACCUCACCUACCUGGAGUCACAACUGGAUGAGUACCACAGGCUGGAGCAGGACAGGUUUGAGGAGGCUGAAAACUGCCUGAGGAUAAUGCAACACAAACUAAGGGAGGAGGAGAGAGAUCUGAUGAAGGGCUCAUUGAAAGACUCUGAUUCUGAUUUGGAUGUUCCAGAGGACGAAGGGUCAGAUAGCGACCUUGAAGAAUCUCGUCCAUCUAAGCCACAGCCCUCAAGAAAUGCCCCCAUGGCAGGAAGAGGAGCACGGUUCAUUGGUAACAUGCAGGGUGAUGACAGUGAUGAGGGGCUUUUAGCAGUCUCCAGAAGGUCAGUCCCUGAAUCCAAAAAACAGCGGAAAGGAAAGAGUGAUGACAGUGAGGUUGAUGCAGAUGAGGAUGGUGAGGAAGACGAAGAUGAAGACGAGGAAGGUGAAGAAGAAGAGAGGAGGGAGGAGGAUGACACCUUACAGGUCCUGUUGUCGAGGAGUAAUCGACCUCCUAGGGGAGGAGUGAGACCGGCCCUGCCGGAAGAAAGUGAUGAUGACUUUUGAGUUGGGGACACAAUCAUGAGCUGUGCACUUUUUUAUGUCCGAGCUGAACUCACUUCUUGGAAAGCUCCACUAUAAUUUUUAUUUGCAGAUAUAUUCUCUGUUCUUUGAUAUUUAUAUAAUCUGCUGACAAAAAUAAAAUUAAAACUUCUGUUUUAAUUUUUGUUCUUUUCCAAAUAUGACAGUUCUAUAAAUAAGUUAUCUAUGUGGCAGUUUGGACAUAUUUUGGCAGGUUUUUUUUAUUGUAUGCUGUACUUUCUAAGGGAAAAUAUUUGUGACUAUUAAACAAAUUCUAAUUUGA